AUGAUGGGAUCGCGUCGACGGCUGGUUCUCUGCGUGUGGUUGACGGCGGGCGCGCUGCUCGGCAUCGGCACAUGGGUCCUCUGGUUCGGGAUGAACUCCGACGGGGAUAACGUGCCGGCGAUCGUGAACCAGUUGAUCCCCGCGGGCCACUGCGCCUGCAAGUCGGCCACGAUCUUCCACUGUGCCGAGUGCCUACACUGUCCCAGCGACGUGGCCGUGGCGGGCUCAGAGACGCGCCCGUACGAUGUAGCGCGCGACGCGCAGAAUCGCACCCUAAACGCAGCCCAGUGCCAGCGGUUCUUUCCCGGGCUAUUUGAAGAUGUGAGGCGCGCGAAGGAGUACUGGACGAGUCGGGGCGGCGUGCCCCGGGAGACGAUCGACCAGAUCGAGCUGGUGGAUGGGAUGGCGAGGGCCGCCAUUGUGGACGGGCAGCUAUAUGUGGUGGCCACGCGGGCCAAAGGCGAGGACCACCGGCGGAAGAUCGUCGCGGUGCUGAGUGCGCUGCACCGUGCGCUGGUGUCCAACCCUGAGCAACAGCCCACGGGGGCGACGGAGUUUGUGUUCUCGAUUGAGGACCGGCUCGACGACGUCGCCGGACCCGAUCAUCCGCUGUGGAUCCUGGCGCGCCGGCCCGCCGAGGAGGCCGUCUGGCUCAUGCCGGACUUUGGGUACUGGGCGUGGGACAGCGGCAAUGUGGACAGCCCGAUCGGUCCGUAUAGUCGCGUGGUGGAGUCCAUCCGGCGGAAAGAGAAUGGGAUGUCGUGGGGUGACAAGGAGGCGAAGCUCGUCUGGCGGGGCAAGUUGAGCUUUGCGCCCAAGAUGCGCCGCGCGCUGCUGGAGGCCGCGCGGGGACAGGCCUGGUCCGCGGUCAAGGAGCUCGAUUGGCGGACCAAGGACCACUUCAUGUCCAUGGAGGACCAUUGCCGAUAUCAGUUCAUUGCGCAUGUGGAAGGGCGAUCCUACUCGGCGUCUUUCAAAUACCGUCAAGCCUGCGAGUCAGUGGUCAUCGCCCACCAGCUGCAGUUCAUCCAACAUCAUCACUACCUCCUCGUGAGCUCGGGCCCGGACCAGAACUUUGUCGAGGUGCAACGCGACUUUGCCGAUCUCCCGGCCAAGAUGCGGACCUUGCUGGACGACCCCGAGUUUGCCGAGCGAAUCGCCCGGAACAGCGCCAGCACGUUCAGGGACCGGUAUUUGACCCCGGCGGCGGAGGCGUGCUACUGGCGGGCGCUGGUGCAGGGAUGGAUGGACGCCUCCCCGGAGCUCGGCGGGGACAUCGUGUCGCAGGGCAUUAAGGAGAAGGGGGUGCGAUAUGAGUCGUUCUUAUUGAUGGGUAGCCAGGAGAUGCUACAGUUUACCAACGACUGGCGAUAG